CCGAGUGUUGCGGGCAGCGCUGGGCUGCUGGGAGCACUAGGACCUGGGGAACGCUCAGCGGGAGCUGAUCCCGGCAGGGAGCCGGACGAGGAGCCCAGGCGCUGGGACUGGCAACCCGACCAGUGUGGUGUGGUGGUAGCGAGAGAGGUGGAGAAAGAGCCGGAGCCAGCAGCGGAGCUCCCCCCAGCAACAUGGUGCUAGCAGUGAAGUAAAGCAGUGAAAAUUCACAAAUAUGAAAGAAUCCUACACACUUGCGCAAGGUGAUAUGACAACAAGCAACAGCCCCCAGGACAGAUAUAAGGCUGUCUGGCUUAUCUUUUUCAUACUUGGACUGGGGACACUCUUGCCAUGGAAUUUUUUCAUAACAGCCAUGAUGUACUUUGACGACCGCCUGGGGAAAUCCUACAACAUAUCCUCUGUUGACCGUGUUAUUGAUGUGAAUGCCACAGGGAGAGCAGGAGAUCCUCCUCCCACAUAUUUGCAGUCCAUAUUCAGCAAUGUAAUGACACUCUGUGCCAUGUUGCCUCUUCUCAUGUUCACCUGCCUCAAUUCUUUCUUACAUCAGAGGAUCCCUCAGCAAGUACGUAUCCUAGGCAGCUUGAUUGCCAUCUUCUUAGUCUUUAUGGUAACAGCUAUCCUGGUAAAGGUCUCUAUGGAGCCACUGCCCUUCUUCAUCAUCACAAUGACCAAGAUAGUCUUCAUCAAUUCUUUUGGUGCCAUUCUUCAGGGCAGCCUCUUUGGAUUGGCAGGGCUCCUGCCUGCCAGUUACACAGCGCCUAUUAUGAGUGGUCAAGGCCUUGCAGGGACAUUUGCAGCUUUGGCCAUGAUCCUUGCUAUUGCCAGUGGCUCUGAACUAGCAGAUUGUGCCUUUGGUUAUUUCAUCACAGCCUGUGUAGUGAUUCUGCUGGCCAUUGGCUCCUAUAUGGUGCUGCCUCGUCUAGACUUCUUCCGUUACUACUCCAUGAAAGACAAGACAGAGUAUCAGACCCAUGAGAGCCAUUCUGAGCUGGAAACCAAGAUUGAUCUUAUCAGGAAAGAUGAGCCCAAUGGUGUAGACCCAAAACAACCUGCAAAUGGUGCUUCCAAUGUGCCAAACCACAACGUUUCAGUCUUCAGCAUCUUCAGAAAGAUCUGGGUCAUGGCUGUGUGCGUCUGCUUAGUCUUUACCGUCACUAUUGGAGUCUUCCCAGCUGUCACAUCUGCCGUAAAGUCAACCAUUGCUGGGAAAACACUCUGGGAUAGAUAUUUCAUCCCAGUCUCUUGUUUCCUGAUGUUUAAUGCCUUUGACUGGGCUGGACGGAGCCUGACGGCUGUUUGCACCUGGCCUGGAAAGGAUAGUUCCCUGCUCCCUUUCAUGGUGAUUUUCCGUGUAAUCUUCAUUCCCCUCUUCAUGCUGUGUAAUGUGGAUCCCCGCUCGAAGCUGCCUGUCAUCUUUGCCCACGAUGCUUGGUACAUCGUCUUCAUGAUCUUCUUCUCCUUCUCCAAUGGCUACCUGGCCAGCCUCUGCAUGUGCUUUGGGCCCAAGAAGGUGUUGCCACAUGAAGCAGAGACUACUGGAACCAUCAUGGCAUUUUUCCUGUCAUUGGGCCUGGCUUUGGGAGCUGUCUCCUCCUUCCUAUUCAAAUACGUAAUCUAUCAGGGCAUGUAAUCUAGACUACCUUGGGGAGGAGAGACAGAGGAUCAGUGUCACCCACUCAGAGAUCAGAGCAACAUGGAUUCCUUGCCUGCUUUCCAAGAACUCAUUGCUGUAGCUGAUGUGUGCAUCAUAUGACUUGGAGUGUGGCUCUUUCCUUAUUUUGCUGAAGACUCUGCUCCUCUUGUGUGUGAUCUUUACCCUUGCCAGCAAUGUCUGACCUCUACCAGUCCAGCAUUACAUAGCCUUCCCUCCAAGGUACAUCAAUAUGUUUCCAUGUUAUGCCUGCCAAGGCCAAGAUUGUUCAUACUGUGUGCUUAAGCAGGGGAUGCUCGCAAUUCUCUGUCUCUGUGUUUUUACAUUGCUGUGUUCUCUACUGCCAGGCAGAAGGGAUUUAUCCCCUUGCACCAGUGCUGCCUCAGCCUCCCAGUCCUGCUCCCACUUAUAUGAAGCCAGUCUGAAUAUCCAAGAUUAAUAAAUAUUUGCUCAGCGGUCAGAAAGAAAUGUUUAUCCUUACAUUACUGCAAAGCCAGGGGGCAGUAUGGAAACAAUCCAGAGUUCUAUCAAGCAAACACCAUGUCUUUACACCUCAGUGACACAGUCGCUCUCUUGGGGAGCAUUUCAGGCAUAUUCCAGCCACAUGGUUGUCUGGCCCCUACCUAAUCUCCAUGCUGAAAAAGAAUAAAGUGGAAGCCUAGCUACUCCUGCCCCUGGCUCACCUAGCAGAAGGACCUGAGGUGGAUUCUAACCGAUGGAGCAAGAUCAUGAUGGAUAGUAUUGCUUUGGUAAAUCAACUCUGCCUCACAGUUAUCAGGCUUGAAUUCUUCCACAUUGCUUUGUAAAUAUAUAAAUGUACAGCUGCCAUUUUGUAUAUAGUCUGCCAACACCCCUGACUUUUAAUCCUACCCCCAUCUUUCAAAAGAUUUCUACUCUGCUGUAGUGGCCAUAAAAGGGGGUGUCAUGAGGGCUGUCCCUCAGCAUUAUUCAUGGAGUUUUAGAAAGGCUGAGCUCUCUAUUCGCUGUCCCACUGCUAGCUCAUGGCCUGGCUUUAAGGGCUAAAAUAGAUGGAACUCCACCUCCACCUUUGGGUUGCUCAAAGCAGUCAAUUUUCAGUUCAUUUUAUGUAUUGGAUUGUAAAGCUCAGGGUUUGUUAUUUUAACUUUUUUAAAAAAAUCUUAAACAUUGUCAUUUUUAUGAGAGCGCUUAUAGCCCUCCAAGGAAUGGAGGAACACCUGUGUUUAUUAUAAACCAGAAAAUAAAAUAAAAUAUAGGACU